UUUGGAAGAGAGCGCUACUGCAUCUGAAAAAAUAUUGUCGUUUUUCAAUGCAUUAUGUAAGGACUCUCAAUAGAAUCAAUGCAGACUUUCUAUCACUUCUUGAUGAGCAGCUAAGGAUGAAGGAUCAGCUAUUCACAACGCGCGUAGAAGAACGCUCACCUUUAUUUUCGAUACGAUUACCUGACAAGUUUCUUAAAAAACACCAUCAUCCACAUGCCCUUCUGAAUUCCAACGCGAAUAGGCUAGUUGCCACAAGGGAUAUUGGUCUCACUCUCAAGGAUAUUGCCUCUGUCAAUUUUGUUUUCCCAAAACCCACAGAGAUAAACAAACGCCUUGAAGCCACUUCUUUACUGAGUUACGAUCUUCCAACAUACAGAUCAUGCGAGGAUACCCUUAUUCCUCCUCAUCUGUGCUUAUGUAUGGAUGAGAAGUCACUGCAGAUUGAAGGCUCAAGAGACCUAUUGGUGUAUAAACAGUUGUUCGAGUAUGUGAAGCGUGAAAUGCUCAAGUAUGACUGUGUUGAAGGAGUCUACAAGGCUGGUUGGGAAGUUACUGUACUUUCUCUGAAUCCAAUGGUUCAGCAAGGAAUCAAGGAGGAAAAAGAGUAA